AUGGCUAUUGAUGCAAGACAGGAAUUCCUCAAUCGGGCGGCUGACGCGCUCGCCGCCAGCCCCUCCACGUCGUCUCAUCUCCUGGCACUGCACACCCAGCUUCUUCACGAGAAUUCCAAGGCAUUGAAUACUAAGCAGAAGAAAGAAUACUGUGGCGCCUGUGGAAGCCUUAGAAAACCUCAAUGGACUAGAGUCACUGAUAUCAAACCCAAAAGAAUCAAAGCGUCAAGCGCGUCUACGCCUUCCGCGUCUGUGGCCACCGUCUACAAGUGUCUACGCUGUCGCAAACGUACCGUGCUUGGGUCCAAGAAGAAGACUGCUCCCAAAUCUCUACGACACGCUGCUGCUAAGGCAUCUACUAAAGGUCCAACUCUUGAUACCAAGGGCGAGACACAGGCAGCAACCGAUCCCACCAAGUCAGUCGAUAACCAAAACAGCAAGAAGAGAGCCAAGGCACGCAAACAAGGUGGCCUUCAAGCGCUUUUGGCCUCGAAGAAAAGCGCGCAGCCUUCUCUUGAUCUGUUCGACUUCCUGCAGUGA